AGCAGUCCAACAACCCGCCUCCUGUCCAUUGCCGACGCAACCACCGCCCGCUUCGCCAUCUGCGGCGCAGUCUGGCUCUAUGACGCCAGCCCAGCCUCUCAGGAUCCCUCGGCCCUCGCCAACCGUCUGGAGACCAGCCUCCGCCAUAGCCUCAACGACUUCCGCCACCUCGCAGGAAGCCUGAGCUGGGCCCCUCCAGAUACCCGGCACCCGGCCUACCCUAGGUACGGCCGGCCCCAGAUCACCUGGAACAGCAGGUCUGAUGGCGGCGGCGGCUGCUGCGGCGCGGACCCAGGUGUGGAAUUUUCUCGCGCGCACUACGACGCACCCCUCGCGUCCAUCGUGCCGAGCGACGAGGAGCGCAGGACGACUCGCAAGGUCUGGCUGGCCACAGGGUUCCCGCAGAAUGAGCUGCUCCUGCCCGACUGCGACCUGGCGUUUGUGUCGAGUCUUUCGCGGUUUGAGGGGCUUCCGGUUGCUGGGGCGCAGGUGACUACUUUUGCAUGUGGCGGCUGGGCGGUUGGGGUCAAGAUCACGCACUGUCUGAGUGAUGCUGUUGGUCUGGUCAACUUUGUCAAGGCCUGGGCGGAGGAGACGCGGUUACUGGGCUCUGCUUCUUCUUCUUCUUCCUCUUCUUCUUCUACUACUACUGCUGCUGCUGCUGCUGCAGCACAGGAUGGCGCGACGAUGACGACGACCAGAUCGAUCUUCAAUCCCAGCUUACUCGACCAGCACGCCGGCGACAUUGACCAGCCCGAGCCAGACGCCAACAAGAUCGCCCUCGCCAGGUCCCUCCCUCUGUUCCGCUUCGACUGGUGGGACACAGAAGCCCCAGGCUACCCGUCCUGGGCCACCGCCGACACGCAGGCCACGAGGCCCAGCGACGAGGAGCUGCGCCACGUCAAGCUGAGCCCGGGCACGAGGCCGCCCUGGCCGACAUGGGACAUCAGCAAGCCCGCAGACCACGUGCAGAUCAGGUUCAGCGCCGAGGAGGUGUUGCGGCUGAAGCAGACUGCCCAGGCGAGCGUGCCGCAGGGCGAGGGCGCGCAUGACGCUCACACCAUCUCGCGCCUGGACGCGCUCCUCGCCCAUGUGUGGAUUCACCUGACGCGCGCGCGCCAGCUGCACCUCGCGCCGGACAAUGACGAGCCCGUCUACAUGGCCGUCACCCUGGGCCUGCGCAGCCGCGUCAACCCACCGCUGCCAGACACGUUUGCCGGCUCGCCCAUCCUGCUGGGGCACGCCUCGCUGCCGGGCCGGGCCCUGUCCAGUGGCACCGUGAGCCUGGGCGAGGUGGCGCUCGCGCUGCGGCGGACGAUGGCGCGGUUCACGCCCGAGGCGGUGGGUGCGUAUCUGCACGACGCGGCGUACGAGGUCUGUCCGCAGAGGCUCUGGCAGGCGUUCUGCGGGAGCCGGUACUGCGGCGUGACGUCCUGGACGCGGUCUGGGGCGUAUGGGGUGGAUUUUGUUGGUGCGUUGGAGGUGACGGGGGGGGAUAGGCCGCGGUAUGUGCACUGCAGGAUGCCGCUGCUGGAUGGGAUCUUGCAGGUGCUGGAUGUUGGGGAGACGGGGGAUCUGGAUGUUAGUCUUGCGCUGGGGAGGGAGGAGAUGGGGCGGUUGCUU